UUAUCUUUGUGUAUGCCACGUCGUUGCAGGAUCCGUCUUUGUCCAGCAGUCUCGUACUUGUCUUAGCGUCUUUACUUCUCGAGAGGAGUCAGUGGAGACAAUAAAAAUGGACGCGCCGGGAGAUUUCUUUUCUUUACGAUGCAUCGACCUCCUGCUCUACUCUCAACAGGAGGCAGUUUGUCUAUGUGAAGGCUCUGUCGUCUGGAUGGGAAAGGCUCCAUGUUCACUGCAGUUGUGCUGGUGCUUGGCUGUCUGCUGCAGAGGAAACUAGUAACCACAGAGGGGCAUCAUGGGACCAACUGCUAUGUCUUCUAUGCAGUGCAGAUGGACGGAGGCAUCAGAGCUGCCAAAGCUUUGGCCGAACAGCACGGACUGGAGUUCAUACAACGGAUUGGCAGCUUGGAGGGUCUGUACAGCCUGAGAGACAGCAGGGGGUGCUCUGACAGAGCCACCUUGGAGAACAGACUCGCUACUGCACCAGGGGUUCACUGGGUACGGAGGCAGCACAGUCAUUACAGAGACAAACGGGUUCCUGUGAGAGGACUGGAUCACAGCACUGCUCACAGAUCCCAGAGGAGGGAGUCUGCAACUGACAGGCAGCCUGAGGAGAAUACGAGUGACCAGUCUCUCACCUUCAAUGACCCACUCUGGCCCAUGCAGUGGGAACUGUUUGCACAGGGCGAGUACAGUUCCAAUGGGUUUGACCAGAAUGUGAUGCCAGUUUGGAGCAAAAACAUCACGGGUAAUGGAGUAGUGGUCAGCAUCAUUGAUGAUGGUGUAGAUCACACAAAUAAGGACCUGAAGAAAAACUUUGAGGCCCGCGCUAGUUUUGACCUACUGGCUUCACAUGGUCUGUCUCAUGAUCCCAUGCCUAUCAGAGAUGAGGAGAAUAGUCACGGGACCCGAUGUGCAGGGGAAGUUGCCAUGGAGGCCAACAACUCCUACUGUGGUGUAGGCAUUGCCUUCAAUGCCAGGAUUGGAGGUAUCCGCCUGUUGAACGGCUCUGUCACUGAUGCCAUGGAGGCCACCGCUCUGACCUUCAACAUCCACUUCAUCGACAUCUACGUCUGCAGUUGGGGCCCGCGGGACAACGGGGCCGAGAUGGACGGGCCGCACAGCCUGACAGCGCGAGCCCUCCGGCUAGGAGCUCACAAGGGCCGAGGUGGGAAGGGCAGCAUCUUUGUGUGGGCAGCAGGUAAUGGUGGAAUGCAUCAUGACCACUGCGGUGCAGACGGUUAUGUUAACACCAUCUACAGCAUUGCCAUCGGCGCUGUCACUCAAACAGGGAAGCCCGCCUACUUUGGUGAGCCCUGCCCCGGGGUGAUGGCCGUCACUCUGACAGGGGCCGGCGUGGGAGGCUCACUACCUCUGGUCACUGUGACCAACACUGGUCAUGGCUGUGUCACACACUUUCCAGGAACAUCCAGUGCUGCUCCGAUCGCUGCAGGAAUCCUGGCUCUUGUCUUAGAAGUAAAUCCUGAGCUGACAUGGAGAGAUGUUCAACAUCUGAUCGCCAAGACAGCAAAGAUUCCUGACCCCAAAGAGCCCGGAUGGAACAUCAACGCAGCAGGAUACCAUGUUCACCACAGAUAUGGCUUUGGAUUGUUGGAUGCAGGGCUAAUGGUGCAGCAGGCCGCACACUUCAACGCUGUUGCUCCACAGAGGAAGUGCACUCAAGAAAUCAGAUUUUAUCCCACCAGGAUCCUUCCUUCAAGAGGUGGGGUCAGUGUGAAUAUUCAGUCAGAGGGCUGCCGUGGGAGGACUAAUGAGAUCAAUACUCUGGAACAUGUUCAGGUGAGGGUGAGCAUGAACGCUGUGUGUCGUGGUGACCUCUCCAUAAGCUUGGAGUCUCCAGGCGGCACAGUGUCAGUGCUGCUGGACACACGACCCAAUGACGACUCUACUGACGGCCUGAAAAACUGGACCUUCAUGACUGUGCACUGCUGGGGGGAACAGCCAAGAGGCCUUUGGACCCUCCAGGUGACUGACCACAAAGGCACAGUGAGGAUCUGUACAAGGCUGACUGAAGAGGAGGCAGCCGGAGCCUUGCUCAGUGUUACACUCAUCCUCUAUGGCACCUACCACCCACACCGGACCACGCACGGGAGACCCCUGCGGAGCAUUGUGUCCAUGGGGUCGCGUCACCCUGUCCCUCACCAGGGGGUGGACUGUUGCUCCCCUCUGGACCUGAUUCCAUGGAUCUACCAAAUGGAGAGAGACAGGAAGGUGCGGUCUGCUGAUAUCGCCGUACCAGCCAGACCCAAGAUGUGGAAGAUUCGUGGGAACUUGGUGCUGAAUAACCAGACCCUAAACAAGCCCCUGAAGUCCAGUAUGGCCUUGCGGUUACAUGGGACCAAUGUACAUAGGUCCUCUGCAAGACCUGCUGCUGUGAGGGAACGUCAUGAGAGAAAGACCAACACAGAAGAUAUGAACUGAGAGAUCAGGUCCUUACCGCUGCAGAUUCUCCAGGAUGUUGUCAUGGAGGAAGUGCAUCAGUCCAAUCCAGGAGGUGGAAGAACUGUAAGCAGAAAAGGGCAGGGGGAGGGACAAGGCAGUGGGUAGGGAAGUGAAAAAACAAAUAUGAACCAUGGUUAAAUAAAGACUGUUAUUCUCCACA